AUCAAUUGGUGCACGGUUAUUUUUUCUCUCAGUUCCCGCGCCAUCAGUAAUAGCUAAGCAUCGCAGCGUCCCGUCUCCCGCUUUCUCUAUUCCCUUAAACCCAAAACCCCCUCUCAAUUCUCAUUCCCGCCCGAUUAUUGUUCGACAUAGUUUUGUUCCUCUCUCUCUCUCUCUCUCUCUCUCUCUCUCUCUCUCUCUCUCGUCUUAAAACAUGGGAUCGCCAGCCUCAGGAAAUCUCACGAAGUUCGAGCAAAUAAAUGGUAGCAUGGAUAAUUUUGGCACAAUGGGCAUGGUGGUGGCACCAGUUGUUCGUGAUGCUCUCUCACAUGGAGUUGCAGUUGUUGCCCUCGAGUCCACCAUCAUAUCUCAUGGAAUGCCCUAUCCCCAAAAUCUUGAGACUGCAAAGCAAGUUGAGCAGAUUGUAAAGGAAAACGGGGCGAUUCCUGCAACUAUAGCCAUCUUAGAUGGUGUUCCGCACAUAGGUUUAAAUCAUGAAGAGUUGAAAUUGCUGGCUUCUCUAGGCAAGAAAGCUCAAAAGACAGCGCGUAGGGACAUUCCAUAUGUUGUUGCAACCAGAGGAAAUGGGGCAACAACUGUCUCUGCAACAAUGUUUUUUGCAUCCAAGGUUGGCAUACCUGUCUUUGUCACUGGGGGCAUUGGUGGAGUGCAUAGACACGGCGAGAAAACUAUGGAUAUUUCUUCUGAUUUAACAGAACUUGGACGAACUCCAGUUGCCGUUAUCUCUGCUGGUGUGAAGUCCAUACUCGAUAUUUCAAGAACUCUUGAGUAUUUGGAAACUCAAGGAGUGACUGUUGCUGCUUAUAGAACCAAGGAGUUCCCUGCAUUUUUCACUAGAUCUAGUGGCUGCAAGGCACCGUGCCAGGUUGAUACACCAGAGGAAUGUGCUCGACUCAUAGAUUCCAGUGAGAAAUUAGGCAUGGGUUGUGGGAUUUUGUUUGGAGUGCCUAUUCCUGAAGAGCAUGCAGCUUCAGGAAGUUUGAUAGAGUCUGCCAUCCAGAGAGCACUUCAGGAAGCUAGGGAUAAUGGCAUAACAGGCAGUGCUGAAACGCCCUUCUUGCUUGCUAGAGUGAGUGAGCUUACAGGGGGAGCUUCACUGGCAGCAAACAUUGCUCUUGUCAAGAACAAUGCGCGCAUCGGCGCUAGGAUUGCAGUUGCUCUUUCCAACAUGAGGAAACCAUCUAAGUUGUGAGGUUGGCCGAUUUCUCUAAGGUUCUUUGCUGUUGAACUCCCUCUCCCUCACGAGUUUUAGACUGAUCACAUUGUAUCUCUAGUUGAGGGAUCCAAUUGAAUGGUGCCCAAGACCAUAUUUACUUCAAAAAUCAAAUAAUUCUCUUUUUUUUUUGGAACAUUAUUUAGUUUGCCUUUCUUCUCAUCUGGAAGAGUUGUAAUUAGUACAUAUAAUGUUUACUUGUGUGUAGAGAGUGAUUAUGAAAUAAUUUAGUGUUUGGACACUGAUAAUUCUAAUGGACUUGGUCAUGAA